UCUGAUUGGUUGAAGUCUCCUGACCUCAUUGGAGACCCCGCCUUGUCUCCCGGCAGAGGACAGGUCAAAAAUGGCGGCGUCCCUGAGGUGUUUUCUUCGCUCCGGAAAGCGGGCCGUGCUGGUGGCGGUUCGGCGGGGGAUUCACAGCAGCUCCCCGGCCGCUGUUCAGGUUACAGUCCGCGAUGCGCUGAACCAGGCGAUGGACGAGGAGCUGGAGCGCGAUGAGCGCGUCUUCCUGCUGGGAGAGGAAGUGGCCCAGUAUGAUGGGGCCUACAAGGUCAGCAGAGGUCUGUGGAAGAAAUAUGGCGACAAGCGGAUCAUGGACACUCCGAUCUCAGAGAUGGGAUUCACCGGCAUCGCCAUCGGAGCCGCCAUGGCCGGCCUCAGGCCCAUCUGUGAGUUCAUGACCUUUAACUUCUCCAUGCAAGCCAUCGACCAGGUCAUCAACUCCGCCGCCAAGACCUACUACAUGUCCGCCGGGCUGCAGCCGGUGCCCAUCGUCUUCCGGGGGCCCAAUGGCGCCUCGGCCGGGGUCGCCGCCCAGCACUCGCAGUGCUUCGCCGCCUGGUACGCCCACUGCCCCGGCCUGAAGGUCGUCAGUCCCUGGAACUCCGAAGACGCCAGAGGCCUCCUGAAGGCCGCCAUCAGAGACGACAACCCAGUCGUGUUCCUGGAAAACGAGCUGCUGUACGGCGUUCCCUUCGAGAUGUCCGACGAGUCGCAGUCCAAAGACUUCACAAUUCCCAUCGGAAAGGCCAAAGUGGAGCGGCACGGGAGCCACAUCACGCUGGUUUCCCACUCCCGCUACGUCGGCCAUUGCCUGGACGCCGCCGCCGUCCUCGCCAAGGAGGGAGUCGACUGCGAGGUGAUCAACAUGCGGACCAUCCGGCCCAUGGACGUGGAGUGCAUCGAGGGCAGCGUGAUGAAGACCAACCACCUGGUGACGGUGGAGGGCGGCUGGCCGCAGUUCGGCAUCGGAGCCGAGAUCUGCGCCCGCAUCAUGGAAGGUCCUGCCUUCAACUUCCUGGACGCCCCGGUUACCAGGGUAACGGGCGUGGACAUCCCCAUGCCUUACGCUAAGAUCCUGGAGGAGAACAGCCUGCCGCAGGUCAAAGACAUCAUCUUCUCCGUUAAGAAGACGCUCAACGUCUGAAAUCCUCCCUCCUGAUUGGAUUGUUCCCACCGUGGACUCAGAGACUCUGCCUCCCACUUCCUCCCCUUCAAAGUAAAAGUCCCUCUCCGUUUGGGACCAGACUGCAGAGCCAAUCAGAUUUUUUUUUUUUAUUUAAAACGAGUUUCAAAGUUUUCCGAGCUCCAAGGACUUUGUUCCAGCAUUUUGGUUCUCCAGCUCUGCCAUCUCACACCCUGACCUUUGACCUCUGGCUGCGUCGGCCCACAGGAAAGCGCUGCUGGAAGCUGGUGAUAUUUAUCGUAGCUGCAGCAGCUGAUUGGAUGUUUCUUUAGCUGUUACACAAUAAAAUCCUGCUACUUCUGCUCCUUAUUCAGAACAAA